AUGAACGAGGACGAGCUGGACCACGACGGCCCGACGAUCUACGACCUCCAACUCGAGGGCGCGCGCGACGACGAGGGCCGCGACGACAGGAGGCGCGUCGCGGACCUCGAGGCCGAGGUCGCCGCUUUACGAAAGCAGCUCGCGCGGGAGCGGGCGCUCCGCACGCGCUUCGAGGCGACAGUAGGGGAGGACGCGACGGGCGCGGAAGCGCCGGGCUUCUUCCAGCGCAUCCUGUGCCUGCCCGCGCCCGCGCCGCCGAAGGAGCCCGCGAAAUCCGACGCGCCGGCGCUGACGGCGGCGCAGGACUACGGGCUCCGCCGCGUCUGCCGCCUCGCCGUGAAGCCCUUCGUGCGCAGCGUGCGCGUCGUCGGCGCGCCGGCCGACGUCGCGGCCGUGCUGACCGCGUGCGCGGCCAAGGCCAAGGCGCCGCUCCUCGGCCGGGGCCGCGGCGCCAAAUCGCUCUACGAGGCCGUCGCCGCGCAGCUCGCCGCGGGCCACGAGGUCGUCGUCGUCGAGGGCGUCGACGCGGCGACGGCGGACAAGACGCCCGACGACCCGCGCUUCUCCGUGGGCAGCCGCGUGGAGAUCUCGAUCAAGGACGCGGAAUUGCAGAUCGCGGAGAUCCGCGCCGUCGCCGCGGCCGUCGCCGCGAAGAGCGCCGUCCUCGUCUUCUCGACGACGGACACCUUCGCCGACGACGCGCUGCUGGCCACGUUCAUGUCGCCCAUCGUCGUCGACGUCGACGACCGCGGCGGCGGCGGCGACGAGGACGAGGCCGGGGAGCCUGCGCGCCGCUUCCCAUAA